AUGAGUCGCCGACAGGACCACGACCAGAGGCAAUACAGCCAGAGAUACUACUCGGACAGCUCUAGGAACUGGAGUGAGGAAGCUGUUCGAGGCAGCUGGGACUCCAACUACCAAAGAACAACAUCGGCCAACACAUCUCCCAGAGACCAGUCCCAAGCUUGGAGUAGACCAAGUCCUCAAGCCUAUGAUAGAAGCCAGAACAUGGUUAACCAAUGGCUCGGUCAACAGUAUCAGAACCAGUACACCAAUGAUCCAUCCAUGGCCGCUGAUACUGUAUCCAAUUUCACUACUCCUACUACUUCACCUGCCUUUAGCGACUCUCCUACCUUUCCUUCUCGGACUCAGUACACACCGGCAUAUCAAACCCAAGCUGCAGGCAAUGAUUAUCUGGCACCACCUUCAAGGACUUCUCUUCCGCAUCGCCAGUAUGACAACCACUACCACGGUGGCGCCGCUUCUUCCUCUCGAGGAUCUACAUCAUACAACCAAUCAGUCGAUUAUCGACGUACAGAAUCUAGGUCUACCGAUCAAGACCUCAGAGGUGUUGGAUCAUUUGCUGACAACGAUCGAUCUCGUCGAGAAGUCAAGUAUAAACCACUUGGAAACUGGUUCGGUCUCUGGCUACCUCCCACCGAGUGA